AGGGUGAAAGAAAAUAAACAUGGCGAAACAAUCAUCAUCGUCUGAUCGUCCGUCAUGAUGUUGAGGUAGAACAAGUUUAAACUUGAAGUGAAUUUUCGCGAUACGCGAUACUUGACUCCCUUUCGUCCGACACGGUCGGACUUGAUAACUCACUGUGCAUUAUUACUGAUUGGUCCAGCAUAUCGUGCGUGAUUCCUGUUCAUCAAUCAUUAAAGGAUUCAGUGUCGUACUCAAAAGUCUUGACUGGGAUUUAUUUUGAUCCAAUGUGAAAGCACUUAUUCAGAACCCGCACCGUGACCUUAUUAUCGAAUAAGUCGCGCAACUCUAGUUUCUGUGUAAAUUUUGCUUCUCUGGCACCAUGGAACAAUCAUUUUGAUGUCAUUUUAAUCUCAGAGAAAUAAAACUCUAGAGAAUGACUCAUUCUUUUACUAUCCACAGUGGCCAAUGUUCUAGCCUCUUGUCACCCUACAAUGGGCCAAAAAUUUAGUGAAUUCAAGAAAAGUUUCAAAAUGAGAAGUAGAUGGGAAGGAAGCAGACAGUCUAACAGAAAGUACAACACUAUCAACAGGAAGGAUGUAAGUGAAGCUAAUUUCAGUGUGAAUCAGUCAGCUGGUAGCGACAGCAAUGGUAACAUCACUCCAGCGCCAGUCAACGUCAAUGAGCUGUAUGACCCUGUUCACAUCAGUACGUGUGACAAUCGGAUAUUGGAAGGAAACGGAAAUAAGAAUGAUUCAGCCCAAGAGGCAGAAGAGCCAGCAACUUAUAACACAUCUGCCGCAUGCAGCUUGUCAAGUCCAGAACCUGAAGGUACGUCUAAAUCAGACUCUAUGGUUAAAUCUGAUACAAGUGAGAACAAAUUUUCAAAAUCUUUUAAAGACCCUAGCUCAAGUAGUCAAUGCAAGAAAAAACGGAAUCAUUGGGUCUUAAAAUUCAAUCACACCCGCCUGAAAGCUGGUACUGCUGGUUCCGGCACUAUGGACAGUGAUUUACCUGAUAACAAUAUUAGCUGUGAUUCUUGUGUUUGCACUGGGUACCAGGGGUUCAAAAGUAGAAGUUUUCCCUUUCAAGCAGAUUUUGUCGUUGAAUCCCCUGUGUCAGGGAGAAGUGAAGUUGAUAAAUGCUGCGAAGGAGAAAAAAACCGAAUCAUCGAGCCCAUAAUAGACUUAGCUAAAUUCAAUUUUGAAAACUACCCUAUCGAAGAUUAUGAUGAGAAAGCAAGGAAAGAGCGAGCAAGAGAAAUAGCUGAAGGUGUUGAGCCACCUCCAGGCUAUAAGUCCCAUAUCCAUCUGGUCAAUCCCGAGCAGUUGCUAUCCUCAGCUCUAGAUAGUUUUACAGCUCUACUCCAUUCAGCCGCAUUAUCAGCUCUUUCUCAGUUAGAAAAUACACCACAAGCUCAUACUCAGGUAGACUACAUGCAUUGCCUUGUGCCUGAUUUACUUCAGAUAACCUCUUGCUCAUUUUAUUGGGGGAAAAUGGACCGUUAUGAGGCCGAGAGAUUACUUGAAGGGUUACCUGAAGGAGCAUUUCUAUUACGAGACUCAGCACAAGAAGAGUAUUUAUUUUCAGUUAGCUUUCGUAAAUAUAGUAGAUCCCUUCAUGCUCGUAUAGAACAGUGGAAUCAUAGGUUCAGUUUUGACUGCAGAGAUCCUGAGGUUUUUGCAUCAUCCACAGUCUGCGGAUUAAUAGAACAUUAUAAAAAUUUAUCAUGUUUAAUGUAUUAUGAACCGCAGCUCACAAUACCUUUGCAUCGAAACUUUCCCUUUCCUCUCCAACAUCUUUGUAGGGCAACAAUUUGCAGCCACAUCAAUUACGAUGGUAUAAAUCAAUUGCAACUUCCAAAAGUAUUAAAAUCCUAUUUAAAAGAGUAUCACUACAAGCAAAGACUAAGAGUCCGUGUGUUAGAUCCAGAACAGUAAAACUGUAAUUGAAUGAGAAUUGAACAGCACUAAGGGCCGAAAGUGUUGAUUGACCUUGGUAAAAAGUGAAGUUUGGUGUUAACUGAUUGUAAAAGUAUCACUGUUUGGAUCAUGGCUCAUCAGGUAAAAAUUUGUUUUUUAAACACUCGAUCAGCAUGAUAAGAAGCCAUAACAAAUAUUCCUUUGUAAAACAAUUUAUUUUGAUAAGGGCUUGUUCCGCAUUAAUUUGUAACCUUUGUGAAGAAGAGAAGUACCUAGGUACAUACUUUUCUCCUCAACUCAGUUACAAUCAAAAUUAAUUUUUUACUUAAUAACUGAACUAUUACAAACCCUUGAAACUUCCUGCUUGUCAGAUUAAUUCACUAGUGUUGAAUGUGUGUUCGUUUUAAAUUUCUUAGAAACUACAAGCUUUUAGUUCCAAAAUUGUCAUACCGAAGUACAUUAAUUUUAUUUCCUUAAUUUUUUUUUUUUUUUUUAAAUUUUUUAAUCACCUCGGUAUUCCUUAUCCAAGUAUCGGUAAUGUUAAAAAAAGAAAAAAUGAAUUGUUUUUAUAAUUGGAAUGAAUUGAUGUUUCUUUUAAGAACCUACCUUACCUAAGUCAUUCCAGGUUUUUCUCCCUAUAAAGCAGGCCUUAACAAAAUGUUCUGUGAGAAUAGUAUCUUUUCAUGAAGUUAAAUCAUUUCAUACAUACUCCUUUAUUUGUUAUUCAUCAAAGUCCCUCAGGAUCUUAUUUGUACCUAGGGGAAAUCGAAGUUUCUUGAAAAAUUCAUGGCACAGUGGCAUGGCCCUAUUAUCAUCUUAUCUGCUUUAAUUGUUCUCUUGAAUUUUCAAUUUUUCAUUUUGUCUGGGUUUGGAAUUUUGUUGAAUAGGUAUUUCUGGAAAAUAAGUGCUAAUUAUCCUGCAAUCAAGUUUUUAGGUUUACACCUAACCGGUGCCUCUCACAUCCUCAGAGAGAUGUGAUUUCUAUUGUAAUUUUACUCAUUGUAUAAAGAAGUUCCUGUGUAUGUAAUACUUACCUACUGAUUUUCAAGCUUUUCGAAUGUUCAGUUUUGGCCUCUAACUGAUGGUGAGUACUGUUUAAAAGAUAUCUCUCAAUUUAUUCAUCAAAGUAAAGGAAAGCAGUUUAUGUUCCCCCUAAAAUUGUGUAAGUGUAUUUUAGAGAGAAUGAUGAUCCUUAUCAAUUAAACACUUGUCUUCAUGAUGUACAAACACCAAGAUAACUGUAGUGUGAACAGUAUGUAUUCUUUUUUUUAUCGCAAAUAAUUUUGAGUAAUACCACACUGCGUACACUUAAAUCAGUCAAAGCUGGAAUCAUUGCCAGAGAGUGUGUUGAGAAUGUUUUCUUGAUUUUUUCUUAGGAAAUUUUAAUAUUGAUGAAAAUUAGUCUUUAAGGGAUUUAUUGUCCUGCAUACAUAUUUUGGCAAUGUCGAAGCAGGUUGAACACUUUUUAAAAAAUUGCAGGUGAAUCUGAAAAUAACUCUUUGGCUUUCAUACCUAAUUGAAUUUUAUAAUAUACGUGGGUGUAUGUCUUUGCCUUCAAAAUUAUUUUCCUCUAUCAUCAGAGUUUCCCUUUUUCUACCAAAGUUUUAUUUACCCAUUUGUUCUGCGGCUAUACACUGCAGUAGUGAAGUAUGCAAACACUGUUGAAGUGUUUUCAGCGUGCAUAUGGUGGUUAUAAUUCUUUUAAAUAUCUAAGCAUACUUCCUUACUAACUAUAUCAUAUUUUUCCACACAUAAUCGUUAUUGGCUGUUUUUGCUGGACAAUUUAUGUUGGAGUUCUUUGCUUAUCAUGUACCCCCUCUCCAGUGAUGGUGAAACUGCAGGAACGGGUAUUUGGUUUACAAUAAUAUUGCAAUUCUGUAUUAUUCUCCCAGAAAAAUUCCCUACACCAUUUCUUCAGAGCUUCCCCAACUUUUAUUCUUGGUGGGAUUAUUAUGCUGUAAAAAUUACAGAUAAUAGUGUUGGUUUGUAUGCCUCAGAAGAAAUACAAUGCAUACACACAUUGAAACAUCUCAAAUGAGAUACAUGUUCCUGAAGUUUCACUGUUGCUAUGUUUUCCUUGCAUCGCAACAAAAUCUUUCUUUCAUGAAUUUUCAUUAUCUUAAUUGUAAAAUUUUUAAAUUUGGGAACUUUGUAGGUGUACAUACCUUUGGCUGAUUCUCUUUCUUUCAUCAUGUUGAAGUUUUCACCUGUGGAAAUUUCAUAUGUUCUUUGACAUCAAUUUUGAAUUUUAAAAUUAAUUUUUCAAACCACUUAAAAUUCUAUUAAGAUGGCUUUUUUAUCUCAGAAAUUCUUCAUAGCAGUUCAAGAAGUUUUAAUUUUUUACCUGUACCAUGUUCAAAUCUUUUGAAUUUAGUUUUUAUCGUUCUUAAAGCUUCAGAUCAUUUAGUGCUUAUUCUGGAAACAAGGAGGUGUUUAGUUUUACUACCGUUUACUAAUUACAGUCUUAUUAAUUUUAAAACACACCCAUCAAGAAUAGAGUUGCACUCUCAAUCAUGUUUGAAGUCUAGAGCAGAAAUAUUUUUCGUUUGUCACUACCGAGGUUGAGGGUCUUUUAAAAAUUAAUCAAGCCGGAGUUAUACUAAUAUGCUAAUAUGCACUUCAAAUGCUCCCGUUUCUUGUCAGCCUAUAUUCUUUUUUUACUUUUUUUUUUUUUACCGUACUAUCUACCCCAAUUUUCCCAUAUAUUUGUUGCAUUGGUAUGGUAGCUAUACAUAUGCCUCUGUAUUGGUCUUUCUAUCGCUGAAUCAACCAGUUUAUUUAUUUAUUUACCUCUGUAAGUUAAGUUUAAAUCUUUAUUUUGAAUUAAUUAAUUGUUUAAUUUAUUUAUCUAUUUAUUUAUUUACUUAAGUAUCUAGCCUGUGGUAAUUUUAUUCUCAAAGGAAUUUUUUUUUCUGUUUAUUAUUAUACUUACCUAGGUAAUAAAGGGCAAUUUAUCAAAGAUUUGCAAUAUUCUGUAUUCAGCUAUUGCAAUACACUUCUCUCCUGACCCUUCUUCAAUGUUUCUCUUUUUCUUUUUCGGAGUACUCUUUUUGACACCAAAAAGUAUAAAAUAUAGUUCAGACUACUUACUUAUGCCUCUUGUGAUAGCCUUACAUCGUAAGUUUGCUUUUGUAAACAUGAAAGAGAGAGAGAGUUCUUAACGCAGGCAAUAAUUCAACAGUGUAGCUCUUUUUCAAGUGCAAAGUGCAAGGUUCUUGGACAUUUAUUUUUCUCUUAAUACUUUUGUUUCCUAAUUAGACUUGAAGGAAAUAAUUUUUUUAAAAUUUUGCAGCUUUCAUUUUGAAAUUUGACCUUACUUACUCUUAUGAAUACCCACUCACAAAUCAUUAUAACAUUAAUCAUUUUUAUCCAUUUAUAGUCAUCAUCACAACUCCUCUGGUACAGUUUUUUUUCUUUUUGAUUCCAUAACUAGCGACUUACUUUCUAGGGAAUUUUAUAAGUUAUCAGCUCCUCCCAGCAGAGGUUUUGAAAGCUAUGAUGGAGGAAUUGUUUUUGUAUUUUCUCAGGGCCAUUCCACACUCAAUCAGGCCAAGAUUUUGACCAUAUCCUCCCAGAGUUCGAUGAAAUUUGGUACAGUCAUUAUCCACAUUACAUAUGGCCACAUUUCAUCGUUUGAAAUUAUUUGAUGCCUCGUCCUAGUUUUACUACAUUUUGAAAAUGGGAAAAAUCAUCCUACUGCCUAUGAGGUCACAUUGAAAGAACGCAUCUCAGGAACUCUUUGUGCAAGAGAAACCGUUCUCCUAUUGUUUGAAAGUAAUUUACCGUAUCUCUUGAACUGUUGGUAAUGAAUCUUGGUGCAAAAAAUAAAAGGAAAGAAAUGAAAUCAAAACAAUUUUAAAAUUCUACAAUGUCUUAUUCUGGAACUCAAGAUUUUGUUAACAUUUGUUGAUCCUUUGUAUGCCUCUUAUUAUAUCUGUAAUUUUGCCUAAGUUAGGUAGUGAUUUUUCAUAUUUAGGAAUCUUUUUCAAUAGGUGUUUUACAAGCCUGUGAUAACCCCCGCCCCUUCAUGUCCUUCACAUUUUGAUUGUAAAGUCAUAAGAAAAUUUUAUCGUUACAGGAUUAAAAUUUAGUCUUCAUGUUCUGAACUUACAACACUAAGCUCAUUCCCAUUGCCUUCCCUAUUUUCUUAACCCCCUUUUCCACUUUGCUGAAGGAAUAUUCUAGGUAGAAACAGUCCUACUUACUGUACAUUGGAUCAUACUUAUGUAGUUUAAAAAAAUGUUGAUCUUUCUAGCUAUUUGAAUUAUUUUUAUUACUUACCUAUCAGAAAACUGUUUAUUAUCAUCUUUGCUUUGUUUAUUCAACUGCACAGCGAAGAACGUGGUAAAUAUACUUACUGCGUGCUAGUGACCAGUUGAUUUACUAAUUUUAUUUAUAUUUAUCAAUCAGUUAAUCAAUAACCCCUUUAUUGUAAAUUCAUAUAAGUAUUUUAUUUGUUACAAUCCUUGUUAAAUUAUUUACUCGAAGUUCAAUCUGUUGAAUGCUAUACUAUUUUCAGUUGUUACUUAUCUCUGUACCUACUAUACUUUUUAAUAAGCCCCAUCAAGGUGAUACUUUUUAGGAAUUUUGUUACUAUGUUCUAAUAACUGAAUAUAAAUUCUUAAAUUUCCGAAA